GCACCCAGACUCCUUGCGGGAGCGAGCGCGUCCGAGAGCCCGCGGCCGUAGAGGGGCAGCGGGUUAGGGGACCAGCGCCAGCGAUUCAGGAUUCCAGAAUUGGAAAUAACGGGAAGGAGGACCUGGUCCAGCUCCCCUUCAUCAAAUAAGGAAAUUGACACCUGCUGUGUUAUUACAGGAAGGAGAAAAAUAACGUGAUUAUAUGGAUCAGAUGGACUAACUAAAGGCAGAUUGGCUAUUCACUUUGCUGGUUGUCAUGGUCAGAUGCAUGUCUUUGUCCAGAGUACCUGUGGAGAAGAAACAAUGGAUUCCUUAGACCAUAUGCUGACAGAUCCCCUGGAACUUGGUCCAUGUGGAGAUGGCCAUGGCACGCGCAUCAUGGAGGAUUGCCUCCUGGGAGGAACCAGAGUUAGUCUGCCUGAGGACCUUCUGGAGGAUCCUGAGAUCUUCUUUGAUGUUGUCAGCCUCUCCACGUGGCAGGAAGUGUUAAGUGACUCUCAACGUGAACACCUCCAGCAGUUUCUGCCUCACUUUCCUGAAGACAGCGUUGAGCAGCAGAAUGAACUCAUCUUAGCCCUGUUCAGUGGGGAGAACUUCCGCUUUGGAAACCCUCUGCACAUUGCUCAGAAGCUUUUCCGAGAUGGACACUUUAACCCCGAGGUGGUCAAGUACCGGCAGCUGUGCUUCAAGUCACAGUACAAGCGCUACCUCAACUCCCAGCAGCAGUAUUUCCAUCGGCUGCUGAAGCAAAUACUUGCUUCCCGGAGUGAUCUGCUGGAGAUGGCGCGGAGGAGCGGCCCGGCCCUUCCCUUCCGGCAGAAACGCCCUUCACCAUCCCGCUCACCUGAGGAGCGUGAGUGGCGGACCCAGCAGCGCUACUUGAAGGUCUUGAGGGAAGUGAAAGAGGAGUGUGGUGACACAGCCCUGUCAUCUGAUGAAGAGGCCACGUUGGAUUUACAAGAACAAUUUUCUUUUGAAGAUCUCAGCUCAUGGCUUCCGAGCUCUCCAGCGCGUUCCCCUAGUCCUGCGGUGCCACUGAGGGUGGUACCCACGCUUUCAACCACGGAUAUGAAAACUGCAGAUAAAAUAGAACUGGGGGACAGUGACCUGAAGAUAAUGUUAAAGAAGCACCAUGAGAAGCGGAAACAUCAGCCAGAUCACCCGGACCUUUUGACAGGGGACCUGACCCUCAAUGACAUCAUGACUCGAGUCAAUGCUGGCAGGAAGGGCUCUCUCGCAGCCUUAUAUGACUUGGCUGUCCUUAAAAAAAAGGUUAAGGAAAAAGAGGAAAAGAAGAAGAAGAAAAUAAAAACGAUCAAAUCAGAGGCAGAUGAUCUGGCUGAGCCUCUAAGCAAUACUGAUGGGGUUGCACCUCUCUCGCAGGCCCCCUCUCCACUGGCAAUUCCUUCUAUCAAGGAAGAGCCCCUUGAAGACCUCAAGCCUUGCCUUGGAAUCAAUGAAAUAUCUUCCAGCUUUUUUUCUCUUCUAUUAGAGAUUUUGCUGCUGGAGAGUCAGGCUAGCCUUGCCAUGCUAGAGGAGCGAGUUUUGGAUUGGCAGUCAUCGCCAGCCAGCUCCCUCAACAGCUGGUUCUCUGCAGCCCCCAACUGGGCCGAGUUGGUACUACCAGCCUUGCAGUAUCUUGCUGGAGAAAGUCGAGCUGUUCCUUCCAGUUUUUCUCCAUUUGUUGAAUUCAAAGAGAAAACCCAGCAGUGGAAGUUGCUUGGUCAGUCCCAAGAUAAUGAAAAAGAAUUAGCUGCCCUCUUCCAGCUAUGGCUAGAGACCAAAGAUCAGGCCUUCUGUAAGCAAGAAAAUGAAGACAGCUCAGAUGCCAUGACACCUGUCCCUCGGGUAAGAACUGACUAUGUGGUACGGCCCAGCACUGGGGAGGAGAAGCGGGUUUUUCAGGAGCAGGAGCGUUACAGGUAUAGCCAACCCCAUAAGGCAUUCACCUUUCGCAUGCACGGCUUUGAGUCUGUGGUGGGGCCAGUGAAGGGCGUGUUUGACAAGGAGACCUCGCUCAACAAGGCUCGGGAGCACUCCCUGCUGCGUUCUGACCGGCCUGCCUACGUCACCAUUCUGUCCCUUGUUCGGGACGCUGCGGCUCGACUGCCUAAUGGGGAAGGUACACGGGCAGAGAUCUGUGAACUGCUUAAGGAUUCCCAGUUUCUUGCACCAGAUGUCACCAGCACUCAGGUAAAUACGGUAGUGAGUGGUGCACUGGAUCGGCUGCAUUAUGAAAAAGAUCCUUGUGUGAAAUAUGACAUUGGACGUAAGCUAUGGAUCUACCUGCAUCGUGACCGGAGUGAAGAAGAGUUUGAGCGGAUUCACCAAGCACAAGCAGCUGCAGCUAAAGCCAGAAAAGCCCUUCAGCAAAAGCCCAAGCCCCCAUCCAAGGUGAAGUCCAGUAGCAAGGAGAGCUCCAUAAAGGUCCUUAGCAGUGGCCCUUCUGAGCCGAGCCAGAUGAGCCUCAGUGACUCCAGUAUGCCACCCACCCCAGUCACACCUGUAACCCCCACCACACCGGCAUUGCCUGCCACUCCUAUCUCCCCUCCACCUGUAUCGGCGGUGAACAAAGGCGGCCCUACCACAGUCUCAGAACCAGCUAAGUCUAGCUCAGGUGUUCUUCUAGUGUCUUCACCAACAAUGCCACAUCUGGGAACAAUGCUUUCCGCAGCUUCCAGCCAGACUACACCCAGUUCUCAGGCUGCUGCCCGGGUCGUGAGCCACUCUGGCUCUGCCGGACUAUCCCAGGUGCGAGUGGUGGCCCAGCCUAGCCUUUCUGCUGUUCCUCAGCAGUCGACAGGGCCAGCACAGACACUGCCACAGAUGCCAGCAGGACCGCAGAUCCGCAUUCCAGCCACUGCCGCACAGACCAAAGUAGUGCCCCAGACAGUAAUGGCCACUGUGCCAGUCAAAGCACAGACUACGGCAGCCACUGUGCAGCGGCCUGGACCUGGGCAGACAGGGCUCACGGUGACAAGUCUCCCUGCCACAGCCAGCCCCGUGAGUAAGCCGGCUGCGAGUUCUCCUGGGACCUCUGCUCCCAGUGCCUCCACAGCUGCCGUCAUUCAAAACGUCGCAGGACAGAACAUCAUCAAGCAGGUGGCAAUCACUGGGCAGCUUGGUGUGAAGCCCCAGACAGGCAACAGCAUUCCACUCACAGCCACUAACUUCCGCAUCCAGGGUAAGGAUGUAUUGCGUCUGCCACCCUCUUCCAUCACCACAGAUGCCAAGGGCCAGACGGUUCUGCGAAUCACUCCGGACAUGAUGGCCACAUUGGCCAAGUCCCAGGUUACCACAGUCAAAUUGACCCAGGACCUCUUCGGGACAGGAGGCAACACUACAGGCAAAGGCAUCUCUGCCACCUUACACGUCACUUCCAAUCCAGUCCAUGCAGCUGAUAGCCCUGCCAAGGCCAGUUCAGCCAGUGCCCCUUCAUCCACUCCAACAGGUACCACUGUGGUCAAAGUGACUCCUGACCUCAAGCCAGCAGAAGCCUCAAGUUCAGCUUUUCGCUUGAUGCCAGCUCUGGGUGUGAGUGUGGCCGACCAGAAGGGAAAAAGCACAGUGGCCUCUUCAGAAGCAAAACCAGCUGCCACGAUCCGCAUCGUGCAGGGACUGGGAGUGAUGCCUCCCAAAGCAGGCCAGACCAUCACUGUCGCAACCCAUGCCAAGCAAGGAGCCUCGGUAGCCAGUGGGUCUGGAACUGUCCAUACUUCAGCGGUGUCCUUGUCCAGUAUGAAUGCUGCUGUGUCCAAGACUGUAGCUGUGGCUUCUGGGGCUGCAAGCACCCCCAUCAGCAUCGGCACAGGCGGCCCCACUGUGCGGCAGGUUCCUGUCAGCACCACAGUUGUGUCCACGUCCCAGGCUGGGAAGUUGCCUACACGGAUCACAGUUCCCCUCUCUGUGAUCAGUCAGCCAAUGAAGGGCAAGAGCGUGGUCACAGCCCCCAUCAUCAAAGGCAACCUUGGAGCCAACCUCAGUGGGUUGGGCCGCAACAUCAUCCUCACAACUAUGCCAGCGGGCACUAAGCUCAUUGCUGGCAAUAAGCCUGUUAGUUUCCUCACUGCUCAGCAGUUGCAGCAGCUUCAGCAGCAAGGUCAGGCCACACAGGUGCGCAUCCAGACUGUCCCUGCAUCCCAUCUCCAACAGGGAACAGCUUCUGGCUCCUCCAAAGCAGUCUCCACUGUUGUUGUGACUACAGCUCCAUCUCCUAAACAGGCACCUGAGCAACAGUGAUUAUGAGAGAGUCUGACUUCCAUGCAAGACCAUGUCUGGUCUGUCGUGGCUGAGAAGAAGGGAGCAGGGAGGUUGCAUCAUUCUUUUAAGCUUGCCUGUUGAAGGCAGCCAGGUGGGGGAUGAUGGCAACAGUGGCCUGGGUUCUGCUGCCACGUGCCAUAGUGGAGCACCCUGAGGAAGGUUCACUCCAGGGUUCCAAGUCUGCUCUCUGCCAAUCCAGGGGAAUGUUCUGUUGGAAUUGCAGGAGGUACCUGUUAUGUCACACAUGACAGAGUUCUGAGAGUAAGACCCCCAGGGAAGGCUUACCAGUCGCAGAGUGCACAGACAACGAAUAAGCCGGUUCUCCAUGAGGAUUGUACUUUUUGGCUUCUGGUCUUCUUCAUGACUAGUGGUCUGGAUAGGAGUUUUGUGUCCAGAAAACUUUAUGUAGUUUAUUUUUUUAAAGAACCUGUCGUACAUCUUUAUCAAAUAGAAACUUGGGCUUCAGCUGCCCCCUCCAUUGAACUGAUGACUUAUUCUUUUGACUAGAAUGAGAGAAUGGCAAGAAUCUUAGUAAGUUGGUGGCCGACUUGGUAACUGCAUAGUAAUCGAGAGGCUGUAAGGUGGGAAGACACAGUAGGCAGCAAGGUAGAGUGGGUCCCCUGAAAUGGGAUUUGCUUGGUGCUGCCUGUUAAAGAUGGGGGGCGGUGGGAUCUUGGUUGUGGCCCCUCCCAGCUUCACCUGCCCACAUUGUCCUUCUUGGCAAACUUGUUCACAUGGAAGUCCGGAGCCAGUGGACAGAGAAGAGGGGAAUGACUGCAGAGGUGCUGCUUUUGCGGCACGAACUUUGUUGCAGUUCAGAGAGUAUACAUUCUGCUCUGCUCCAGAGCAAGAGUUGCAAACCAGGCUCUUGGGGCUGGCCAUUUGUUUUUGUAAAUAAAGUUUUAUUGGAACACAGCCCAGACCCAUUUGUGUUUGUAUUAUCUGUGUGGCUGCUUUCAGAUUUGAAGGCAGAAUUGAGUAGUUGACAUGGAGACUGGCUGGCCCUGAAGUCUAAACUAUUUCCUAUAUGGCCUUUUAAGAAAAAGGUUUUUGACCCUUGCUCCAGAGGCAAGAUGAUGGAGGACAGUGGGGUUGCAAGGGAUGGGCAUCUGCCUGCCUGGCAGUACCAGCCCCAAAAGCAGUCAGUCUAGAUUUGCACAUCAUUUAAUCCUGGCUACUUCACGCCUCUCAGCCACUGUCAGCUACAGGGAGACCUUGGGACGAUAUUUUAAAAUGUAAUAAGUAAUUCAAGCGCUGGUUGUCAACAAUAUAUACUUCUCUUGUUUUGGGGCAGCAGUGGGUGGUAAAGGCUUUCUGAAACGAUAGGGCUUCCCUGUCUCUUGAAAGUGCCCAAAUUAUUAAAAAUGUAUCUUUAAUU